AAUGUAAAUAGGUUUGUUUCGAUCAGUUUGGUAUUCGCCAAUAAAUGGCUACUAAGCGGAGGAGCAAAGAAUUUGCAGUUGGACGCACCAUUCUUCAUCACUUGGUUUCAAUGCCUCACAGCCGUCAUUAUAAUUAGAGGGGUAUCAUUAUGUUCCUCAUUCUGUCCAGAAAGGGUCACAUUCCCUGAAAUAAAAUGGUGUUAUGAAUCUUCUGUAAAGGUAGAAUUUAAAAUAUCGCUUAAAUAA